CGCUGUGUUUGUUUAGUUGUUUACGCGGCUCCGCGCUUGACGUAACUAAUUAAUUUCUGGUGUUAGUCCCGUCGAGAUUUCUAGAAACGUUUAAAAUCAUAUUUUUUUCGGUUUACGUUGAUAAUACUACCUAGUAUUACGAUUCUUAGGUUUAUUUUUGUACGUAAUUCGCGAAUUCAAUUUAAUAACGCUAGCGUUAAGUUUGUCUUCUGUGUAUUUAGUUAUCUGAACUCCAAAACACUAAUGCAUCCAUGACCAAGAACCUAGUUUUAUAGGAAUUUGUGCACUGUUUUGCAGUUUUUUCUAUGACCAGGGAUAACUUCCGAUACUAAAUAGGGUUAACCGGAGUAUGAGUGUCGGAUGUCGUUGAGCGCGACAGUGACGGGCGCGCCGCCCGCGCCCGCGCCCGCCCGCAUGGCGGAGCAGCGCCCCGGCAAGCACACCGUGCAUUGGUUCCGCAAGGGGCUGCGUCUGCACGACAACCCGGCGCUGCGCGAGGGCCUCAACGGCGCCGUGACGCUGCGAUGCGUCUUCAUCAUAGACCCCUGGUUCGCCAGCUCGUUUAACGUUGGAAUUAAUAAAUGGAGGUUCCUGUUACAAUGCCUGGACGACUUGGACAGCAGCUUGAAGAAGCUGAACUCGCGGCUGUUCGUGGUGCGCGGGCAGCCGGCGGACGCGCUGCCCAAGCUGUUCCGCGAGUGGGGCACCACCGUGCUCACGUUCGAGGAGGACCCCGAGCCUUACGGCCGCGUGCGCGACCACAACAUCAUGUCAAAGUGCCGCGAGGUCGGCAUCACGGUCUUGUCGCGUGUCUCGCAUACCUUAUUCACAUUGGACAAGAUUAUUGAAAGGAACGGUGGCAAGGCGCCGUUGACGUACCACCAGUUCCAAGCGCUGAUAGCGAGCAUGCCGCCGCCGCCCGCCGCCGAGGCGACCAUUACGCCGCAGCUCUUCAACGGGACCGUCACGCCCAUCUCGGACGACCACGACGAGCGCUUCGGCGUGCCUACACUCGAGGAACUAGGUUUUGAAACAGAGGGGCUAAAACCGCCGGAGUGGGUCGGCGGAGAGAGCGAGGCUUUAGCAAGACUAGAAAGACAUUUAGAACGGAAAGCGUGGGUCGCUUCAUUCGGCAGACCAAAGAUGACUCCCCAGUCCCUGCUAGCAAGCCAGACCGGCUUGUCACCGUAUUUAAGAUUUGGAUGUUUAUCAACAAGGCUAUUUUAUUACCAACUGACAGAAUUAUAUAAAAGAAUCAAACAAGUGCGGCCGCCAUUGUCCCUUCACGGGCAGAUUCUGUGGAGAGAAUUCUUUUAUUGUGCAGCGACUCGAAACCCUAAUUUUGACCGAAUGGAAGGAAACCCUAUAUGUGUACAAAUACCCUGGGAGAAAAACCAAGAUGCCCUAGCGAAGUGGGCAAAUGGACAAACUGGAUACCCUUGGAUCGACGCGAUCAUGAUACAGUUGCGCGACGAGGGCUGGAUACACCACCUGGCGCGGCACGCCGUCGCCUGCUUCCUCACGAGGGGGGAUCUCUGGAUCUCAUGGGAGGAGGGCAUGAAGGUGUUCGACGAGCUGCUGCUGGACGCGGACUGGUCGGUGAACGCCGGCAUGUGGAUGUGGCUCUCGUGCUCCUCCUUCUUCCAGCAGUUCUUUCACUGUUACUGCCCAGUGCGCUUCGGCCGCAAGUCCGACCCCAACGGAGACUUUAUCAGAAAAUACAUUCCAGUAUUAAAGAAGAUCCCGACGCAGUACAUCCACGAGCCGUGGCUGGCGCCCGAGGCCGUGCAGGUCGCCGCGAGCUGCGUCGUAGGCCGCGACUACCCGCUGCCCAUGGUUGACCACAGUAAAGCCUCCAAGAUUAAUAUCGAGCGCAUUAAGCAGGUCUACGCCCAGCUUGCCAAAUACUCACCACAUGGUAAUGUACUGAAUCCAAACAGUGUCCAGAGACCUAACGCGGUACUGUCGUCGCCAAGCCCUUCUUCUAUAAUCGCAAGCAUCAACCAGUCGAACUACCUGUGCAGCAAGUCUCCCGACCCACCACCUCACGAUAUGACAAGGCUGGUCAACUACUGCGAAGAGGCGGGGCUCGAACUCAUCGUGGCUACCGACUCAAACGCACACCACCCCCUAUGGGGCAUGGAGACAGGUAACGAGAGAGAUAGCCCCCUUUGCAGGGCAUGCAUGGAGGCAGAAGAGACAGCCGCCCACGUCAUCCUCGAAUGUCCAGGGGUGGCAGAAUACCGGGCACAAUACCUCGGUUCGCCGGGGUCUCUCCCAGAAGUCGUCGGCAACAUCAAGGGUCUGCUAGGCUUCUUGGAGGAGUUGGGUUGGCAGGAGUAGUGCCGGCAACCCAUC